AUGGCACCCGGGCGCCUGGGCGGCAGCUCGUCUCGAAAGCCUGUGCCUUUGGGCAGCCCGGAGCCCCAGCUGGAGCCGCUACGACUGACCUUUGAGCGGCCGAGAAGCUUCGAGGUCCGCACGCGCAAGACGCACACCUGGGGGCUUGACAUCACGGCGCGAGGGAGGAGGGAUCGGUGGCCACUACGGGCGGAGGAUCACGGCAGGGAAGGAGGGGCCUAUCCAGGUGCCGUGUCGUAUGUGAGCAGGGCAGUCUCCCCAGUGGAAGAGGAGGCUCCAAAGGCCUUGGAUUUGCUGCAGACCCUGCAGCAUCAUCCGGGUGAGGCGUGGCUGGCUGGACAUCGCCCACACCGGGUGUGCUUGCGUCUUGCGUCGCGCGUGCCGACGCAUCUGGCCAGGAAUGGACUGAGCAAUGAGGAGUUCAUCUAUCAAAUGGGCAGCGUGGUGGCCGACCCCGCCCUCGCAGGCGUAGUGGCCGGCCUCACGAAGCUGGCAGAGGAUCACCCGUAUUUGAAGCCGACAGGAACAGAAUAUGCUCCCCAUCCACUACUUUACUGGGUCCGGCGCUGCAGGGAAUUUGCGUUGGCGAAGAAGACGCAGGAAGCUGAGAGCUGCCUCGAGCGAGUGACUGACAGCCUGGAGUACGAGCUGGCACAGAUCCGGGACGCCUUCCGGCGCUUCGACCACGACGACUCGAAACAUUUGGACACCAAUGAGUUCAAACUGAUGUGUGCCUACAUUGGCUGGGGUACGGAAGAGGCCAGCGUCAUGGAUUUGGAUAAAGAUGAGAAAAUCUCCCUGGAGGAGUUUGAACGCUUCGUGGGCCACAUGGGCGGCCUUCAGCAACUCUUUCAGCAUCGGCGCCAGCGGGUGGCCCGGAAGCAAUGGGGAGUGGAUGCUCCUUCCAUCAUCGAGGUUGGCGCCCGCGUGCAGGCCUAUCAUUACACGGAGAACAACGAGAAGUCCAAGAGCCUUCGGGAGGCGCAAGUCUUGGAGCUCAACGUGAUGCCCAGUAAUGGCGUGUUUCAGCUGGCCAGCUGCUUUUCUCCUGUUGAAAGUUGGCAACAUCAACGCCCGAGCAACCGCCUUUAUCUGUACACAUCGCCGAUGUCUGACAUGUUCGAUGUGUCUUGA